AUGCCUGUCCUAAAUGUGGUCAACGUCGACCACGUCAGGACAUCAAGCCCGCAAGAGAUUGAAACUGCAUCGAAGCAUAGAGGCCAUCCACGCGCGACCAUUGAAACAGACGAGGAAGGUGACACCGCCAGCUAUGGUCAUCCUCUUGCCAGGAAUGGAAUGACCUUGACUGUACCGAAGAACGAAGAGGAGAGCACCGAGAAGAAGUCCACAGCUCCGGCACGCGUUACCAGGACAGAUCCUGUACCUACUUCGUCAGCUACUGAGCAUCUCGGGUCCACUUCCCAGCGCCCAGAGACAUCGACAAGAGACGGCUUCUGGAAGAGAACACAAAACGAUCGUAAUGCCAUCGAGACAUACAUCGUAGACAAAAAGGGCGUUUCCAAGGACGGAACUGCGACUGGAAAGGCACGCCUCAUCGCCAAGCAAGACCGUUUCGCUCAGCUCAGUCUCUGGUAUGAUGAGAAGCUUAACCAGCUGGAGAAGCGGAAGGGCAAGGUUACCGGCUCCGCCAGAUCUCUGUUUCCCCAAUUCUACAACAAAAUUGACGAAGAUGUUUGGCUUCGGAGGACUUUUUCGGCUUGGUUGGACGGCGCGGAGGAAGGCAAGAUCAAUAAGCCUGACAUUGCUCGCUCCAACGCAAACUAUCCUACCCCCUUGACUCAGUUGGGGCGUCAUUAUGAUGAUCAAGACCAAGAUGACGAGGAGAUGGUCAUCAAGCCCGAGCCUGAAGAUGAAGAUGAUGAAGAAGACUAUCGUACAACCUUCUACAACAACAACAACAGAAAUCUCACCUUCGGCUGCGCGGUGCCUCAACGCACAGCUGCCAUACAAGCCAGCGCCCAUGGCAAAAUGCGCGACCCCUCAACACCAAACAGCGACAAGGCAUACUUUACACAUCAUCAUCAUCACAUCAAACGGAGACGAGAGCGUGAACCCUCAACGCCAGACAGCGACGACAAGACACAUGCCAUCAAGCGAAGGCGGGAGGCAACGACUUCUGAGAGGGACGAAGAUUCUCCAUCAUCAUCAUCAGAAGAAACCUUUGCCGUUGAACAACCACCAAAGAAGGAGAAAUUUUGGGCUGUGGGCGGCAUCAACGCCCACUUCAACGGAGCCAAAAUCACGCCGCAGAAGCUCGAAGGCAAGAUCCCUGGGGGUAAAGUGGUCAAGGUGGUGAGGCGAGCGUGGGUUUGGGAUGAGAAUGGAAGAAUGAAGGUUUAUCCGCCUUUUUAA